UCCUGAAUGGGAGAGUGAUUCCCACGCCCAGUUUGCUCAGAGAUUUUCAACAGCUCUGUGCCAUGCAAGCGAGAAGAUUCAGUCGGAAGAAAGUGGCUUUAUUUAUUAUUUAUUUAUUUAUUCAUUCAUUUAUUCACCAGUGCGCCCACCGCACGAGAGGGUGAAGGAAUACCCUUUUCAGUCGACUGGGUCCUCCUCACGGCUGGGCAAUGGCUCCCUGUUUCCUCCUUUCUUUGAAGCAAACGCUGCUUUUGGGGAACAGGGGAUCCAGACUUCACCGGGCUCGUAGGGGUGGCUCGGGGCAUCCCCGCUACCUUUUCUGUCUCCGUCUUCCCUGUGCAGACCGCCCCCGCUGCCCAGGGUGUGGGGGAGGAAGAAAGGCUGCAGGGGAGGAAGGGGGGGCUGCCGAGGCGGUGCGUGUCCCCCCCGCCGCCCCCUCGCUGCGGCAGCACGUGGUGCUCCCGGGACGCGGGUCCUCAGACGCCCCCCCUGCCCAGCCAGCCAGUCUCCUUCGCGAGGAGCUUUUUAUAGCAGCCCCGACCCGCUCCCCGAUGGGAGGUUUCUCGCCGCGCUCACGUUACCGUGCGGGUGCGAUGUUAAAUAAAGGAGGGGGAGGAGGGGAGGGGAGUUCGGCGGGCGCCUAAUUAAGAGCCGGCGUUAACCAGGAGUGCUAAAAAUAGCGCCGAGCGCUGCGAACCGCCCAACCGCAGACAGCGAGCCCCGUCGAUCCCUGCCGCGCCUCCGCCGGUGAAUGGAGCGGCCGGCGCUGAAUGGAGCGGCCGGGAGCAUGAAUGGGGAAGCGGAGCGCGGCGGGAACGGGGCGCCGCGGGGGGGCGCUGUGGCGCCGCCGGCGGCAGCUGGAGCCGCGGCCGCGCACGUGCCGGCGCGGGGGCGGCUCGGUGUCACCUGGCGGCAGCGGUGGCGGCGGGCGGGGCGGCGGCGCGGCCGGGCUAUAAAAGUGUCCCGCCGCGGCACAUGCACACUUCGGGGAAACUUCCUGCCUGGAGUAGCGGCGCCGGCCGCCAUGGGAGGUGCGCCCGCUCCCGCCUGCCCCGCUCCGCCCUAGGGCGGGCAGCCCCGCGGCGCAGGGCGGCCGCGACCGCGACCCCCGCCCCGACCUCACCUGCCCCGCGCCCGCCCCGCCGGUACCCGGUUGUGCCCCGGGAGGUCGGGCGGCAGGAUGAGAGUGAACGAGAGCGAGCUGAACAGCUCCGUCCUCCCGCGGGACCCGCCGGCCGAGGGCGCCCCGCGCCGCCAGCCCUGGGUGACCUCCACUUUGGCCGCCAUCCUCAUCUUCACCAUCGCGGUGGACCUGCUGGGCAACCUCUUGGUCAUCCUCUCCGUCUACCGCAACAAGAAGCUGCGAAACGCGGGAAAUGUGUUUGUUGUAAGCCUGGCAGUUGCAGACUUGAUAGUAGCUAUCUACCCUUAUCCACUGGUCCUCACAUCUGUGUUUCACAACGGAUGGAAACUGGGAUACCUACACUGCCAGAUUAGUGGCUUCUUGAUGGGCCUAAGUGUCAUUGGAUCAAUCUUCAAUAUUACAGGCAUCGCUAUCAAUCGGUACUGCUAUAUCUGCCACAGCCUCAAAUAUGACAAGCUGUACAGCGACAGGAAUUCAUUGUGCUAUAUUGUCCUCAUAUGGGUCCUAACAUUUGUCGCUAUCGUGCCCAAUCUGUUUGUGGGAUCGCUACAGUAUGACCCCAGGAUUUACUCCUGUACAUUUGCACAGUCUGUGAGCUCAGCAUAUACUAUAGCAGUUGUGUUUUUCCACUUCCUGCUUCCCAUAGCCGUAGUUACUUUCUGUUACUUGCGAAUAUGGAUCCUCGUUAUCCAGGUAAGGCGAAGGGUUAAACCGGACAACAACCCUAGGCUGAAACCCCAUGACUUCAGAAACUUUGUAACCAUGUUUGUGGUGUUUGUACUGUUUGCAGUCUGCUGGGCUCCUUUGAACUUUAUAGGCAUUGCAGUGGCUGUCAACCCAAAAACUGUAAUCCCCAGGAUUCCAGAGUGGUUGUUUGUGUCUAGUUAUUACAUGGCAUAUUUCAACAGCUGCCUUAAUGCUAUAGUAUAUGGACUCCUGAACCAGAACUUCAGAAGAGAAUACAAGAGAAUUAUUGUCACUUUUUGUACAGCAAAAGUUUUUUUCCAGGAUAGUUCUAAUGAUGCAGGAGACAGGAUGAGAAGCAAACCUUCUCCACUGAUUACAAACAACAAUCAAGUGAAGGUGGACUCUGUCUGAAAAUGGGAAUCUUACUAUUAUCACUCAACAGCAUCCAAACAAAAGUGUCCAUUUUAUUAGACCUCCUGUUAAAUGCUAUAGUGAAAUAUACCUUCUACACUGAAAGCACUUUGAUCAAAUUCCUCGCAUGAUGUUUGGAAGCUUGUUACAGAUCCCAUUAUACAAUGGUAUAUCCAUUGUAUAAUGACAUAAUGAUAUCCUUGAG